AAAUGAAAUGCAACGAAAGAACGGAUUACUUUACAAUCUGCACUGUCAAUUCCCCAUUACCAUUACUAUUUACAAAUAGUGGACUUAACCUAGAAUAUACAAAUGCCAAAACACUUUUCGAUGCUGCGCUAGGAGUUGUUUGUAACAAGAUUUUUCCUAAUGCUGAUGCUACUGGUAUUGCUAUGUAA